AUGAUUUACUUAAUCCUAAUUUCUGCAUUCUCCGGAGCAGUGGUAACGUUGAUUUUACAGUUCUUGUUGAUCUACCGGAGGAGCCCGGAGCCCAUAGAGAGGACAGAGCAGUACGCCAAAGUAGUGCCUGAUAACGCUUUGAAGGAUUACUUUAAUACCCAGCAUGUCGAUCCAGGCCAGCUGCAGCAGCAGGACAGCACAACCUUUAGUGGUUCCAAGCAGCAAGAGGCCGCUACAACCAGACAGCAGGAAGCCACGACUGUAACCGGCGGCAGCCCCAAACAACAACAAUCGCCGCCUGCGCACAGCGACUCCGUUGAUGCGGACAAGCCCGAAAGCUGUCAUUUCCUCAAUGCUAUCUUUUUGUUCCUGUUCAGGGAGCUGCGGGACACUCCUGUCGUCAGGCACUGGCUUACUAAAAAGAUCAAGGUAGAGUUUGAGGAACUGCUACAAACGAAGACAGCGGGUCGGCUGCUGGAAGGACUCAGCCUGCGAGAUAUUUCUUUGGGUAAUUCUCUUCCGGUCUUUAAGACGGCCAAACUUAUGAAGCCGGUGCAUCUGAACGAGGACGGCAUGCCGGAGGAACUCAAUUUUGAGGUGGACAUAGAAUACAAUGGCGGCUUCCACCUUGCCAUUGACGUGGAGCUGGUGUUUUGGAAGUCUGCAUACCUGUUCGUUAAGAUGAGGCGCGUCGUGGGCAAACUGAGGCUGCAGUUCACCCGAGUGCCCUUCACUCAUUGGUCCUUCUCCUUCCUCGAGGACCCACUCGUGGACUUUGAGGUCAAGUCCCAGUUUGAAGGCAGACCUCUUCCUCAGCUCACCUCUAUCAUCGUCAACCAACUCAAACGAGUCAUCAAAAAGAAACACACACUACCCAACUACAAAAUCAGAUACAAACCUUUCUUCCCGUUUCAAGUGCAGCCACCCCUGGGAUCGACCUCUGAUCUAGAAUUGUCAGUCCAGGAAAGCAGACUCGUGGAAGGCCGGCUCAAAGUCACUCUUAUUGACUGCAGCAGACUUUUCAUCCUGGGCUCAUAUGACAGAGAAACCUACGUUCACUGCACUAUAGAGCUAAGCAGUCACCAGUGGAAGGAGAAAACGCGUAGCUCGAUCAAACGAACUGAGGUUAUCAAGGGGCAGUGUGGCAGCGUGGGAAUGACGUUCAGGCAUGUGCCUGCCAGUGAAGGGGAUGCAGUCCACGUUAGCAUCGAGACGGUGACACCGAACUCCCCCGCAGCCUUAGCAGACCUUCAGCGAGGCGAUCGCCUCAUCGCAAUCGGAGGUGUCAAAGUGACAUCGUCAGUUCAAGUGCCCAAACUUCUGAAGCAGGCUGGAGACAGGGUAGUGGUACUGUAUGAGAGGCCGGUCCGCCACCAGACUCCGUCCCUCGGAAGCUUGGGAACUCUUCAGGAGGGAUUUGGGCAAAUGGAAGAGCCGGGUUUCAUAUCCCAACCAGGCGGAUACGAAGAAGACCCGGCCCCCAUCACCACUCUGUCUGACAUAGCUGACAGUAAAGACAUGGACUCUGAAUUUGAAGAGUUAAUUGUGGACUCCAAACCCAGCCAGAAUGUUGGCCCCAUCAGCUCCAGUGAUACUAAAGAUGAUUUCUUACUCACAGUAAGCCAAAGCCCCAAAAAAACUGUGGCCAACUUGGCUUCUAAACCUAUCGGGAGUAUAUCCCCCAUCCUCAACCGUAAGCUAAACCUAGUGGGGCUUCAGUCACCGUUAAAGCCCCAACCUAAAGAAUCGCCAAAGUCCUCACGACAAAAGGCAAACAAUGAUUCAGGAGAUAGUUUGCAACGUCCCGCUAUACCACCUCCACCACCACCAUCUUGUCCCCCAGUGCCACCAAGACCUCAAAUACGAUUGUCAUCUGCAAGCUCAGAAACUAUUUUCACUGAAACUGUUGAUUCUGCCGCAAACACAACUCCCACCACUUGUACUGUGACGACUACAAUCAGCGCUUCUGAAAAAUCUCCUGAAAAAGCUCCCCUGACUGGAACAAAUGAUGAUAUGGCUGGCACUGACAAGAGCGGUGUCAAACCCACUGAGGGAAAGUCUACCAGGCCAUCAGAGUCCAGUGAUGAUGUUUCAAUCUCAUCAUUUCCUGGUAACAAGGGUGACCAAGCAAAAGACAAAGUUUCAGAGAGUUCUUGCAGCACACGGGAUAGUCUAGAAGAACACUCUUUCUGGGAGUCUCCGGAAUCUAUGUUUCGUAACCAGACAACGCGCUGGCCUAAGGCCUCUGUUGUAUUUGAAGUGGAAAGCAACCAUAAGUACCUUAAUGUGGCUCUUUGGUGUAAAGAUCCCUUUAAGCUGGGCAGUUUGUUGUGUCUAGGUCAUGUCAGUCUCCAGCUGGAGCAUGUAGCCCUUGAAUGUUUGGCAACAUCUUCAGCAGAGUAUCAGAGCACAUUUAGACUUGGACCUCCAGAACCUAGAGCUAACGUCAGUCGCACUGCACUACGCAGCCUCAGCACUCACAAAGGCUUCAAUGAGAAGUUGUGUUACGGAGAUGUUACUUUGAAUUUUUGUUACCUAACAGGGGAUGAAUUAGACUACCCCGGACAGACAGAGAGAGAGCGUGAGGGAAGUCUCCAUGAUGAAGAUAUAAGGGAGCGGGAGAGGGAAAACAUCUCCGCAGCCCCUCGAGAUGACUUGGCCUAUGGUUCCAUGCAGCUUGUUGAGGUUCGCCACAACUUCCAGGACACUCAGUUCCAAAACCCUACCUGGUGCGAAUAUUGCAAAAAGAAGGUUUGGACCAAGGCGGCCUCACAGUGUAUGAUCUGCGCCUAUGUUUGCCACAAGAAAUGCCAGGAAAAAUGCCUUGCAGAAAAUCCUCUCUGUGUGGCGGCAACAGAACGCCGAGGAGCUGACCCUGAGGCCAAAUCCACCAUCAAUCGCGCCACCACUGGCUUAACUCGCCAUAUUAUCAACACUAGCUCCCGCCUUCUCAACCUACGCCAGGCCCCUAAGACGCGUCUGGUUGAACAGGUGGUAGAUGCUGUGCCCGGAGCUGUGGAUCCUUCCCCUAAACAUACCCCAAACACCUCGGACAACGAAAGCAGCGACACAGAGACCUACACGAGUGGCGCUAGCCCCUCGAAACAACCUUCCGGCAGUGGGGGAAGCAGCAAACUUGUUCGCAAGGAGGGUGGUUUGGACGAUAGUGUGUUCAUUGCCGUGAAAGAGAUAGGCCGUGACCUUUACCGAGGUUUGCCCACAGACGAGCGUUCCCAAAAACUGGAGCUGAUGUUGGACAAGCUGCAGCAAGAAAUCGAUCAAGAGUUGGAGCACAACAACGCUCUAUUAAUAGAGGAGAGGGAGACCAGUGAUCCCAGGCGUAAAGUCCUCAUCGCUUCGGCGCUAUCCAAGUCUGGGGAAAGACUCCAGGCACUCACUCUGCUCAUGAUUCACUAUCGUGCAGGAAUUGAGGACUUGGAGUCAGUAGAGAGCACAUCCCCUUCGGAGCAACAGUGCUUUAAGGGAAAAGGAGAUAGCUUAGAGGAAGAGGCCCUAAUGGGAGCAGAGGUCUAUGACAGUGACAUUUGCAGCCCGGUGGAACUGCAACUGUUGGAUGACAUUACAGAGGAGCAGAUCUGUGUGGAGGCGCUCCACUAA